AUGAUUAAAGCGAAAACAGAAGGAUGUAAGAGAUAUGAGAAUGAAACCAUUUUUGUAAACAUUCCGAUUCCUCCAAUUCCACCAACGGAUCUUUUGACAAGUAAUAUUGUUAAAGUGAGAUAUUGGAUGCGUUUUGUCGGUUCCAUUGAUUCAAUUUUCCACAGUAAUCCAAUACUUGAUUUACCAAUCACAAUUGGAACGUAUCCAAUUCAAGAUGAUUCAUUCGAAUUGAGUAAUCAAAAUAACGAUGCAACAACAGCCAAUUCAAGUUCAAACAAUGAGUCAGUGACCUUCGCAAAUAACGAUCUAAUUAAAAAUCCACUAUCUUAUGAAGAAACAUUGGCUGUUUAUGGUGCAGUUUUCAAUCGGGUCAGGCCAAAGUAUCUAAUGUUCAAACGUGAAACAUAUUACUCCACAAGAAAUUAAGCAAUGGAAUCGCAAUUAUUUCAUUUGUUUGGUACUAGACACACGUAUCUCACAAUAAACACGUAUCUCAUUGUGAAUUGAUGCUUUUCAUUCAUUAAAACACUGGGUAUUAUUGUAUAAGAGAUCAAAUAUAUAUUUA